GCGCUGUACUUGACUUCGCUGGGAAUAGGAAUUAGGUAGAGCAGAACAGGUUUGAAAGGCAGAUUGACGCUGUGUUGGGCACACUGAAGACUCCUUUGCUGGAGAAAUAUGGUUUAUUUCGUGGAUUUUAGCCGGAGAAUCCGAGUUUGUGAUUAAAAGCUGUGGAUUUUUUGGUCACAUUUCAUAUGAGCUCGGCUCGGUGAGAAGCCGGGGGACGGGACUAGAGAAGAAGCUGCUUUUUACCUUGUAAAGAAACGCCAACAAAGAGCAUUCAGGGAAGUAGCUGCUGCCUGGUGAGAUAACGCAAGUUAGUUCAGAAACAAAUAGAAAGUGCGGCGGAAGAUCAAUUCUUCAGUAUGUUUUACAGCAGGCCGCUCCGCACCGUGUUUACUUUGUUGUUUUUUAUUCUCUUCAUAAACAUGGGGAUUUUCGGAGUAAACGGGCAGUACGGCGGCGGGGACCGAGGAAUGUCUGUCCCGGAGCACGGAUUCUGCCAACCGAUCUCCAUUCCGCUGUGUACGGAUAUCGCCUACAACGAGACCAUCAUGCCGAAUUUACUGGGUCACACCAACCAGGAGGACGCGGGGCUGGAGGUCCACCAGUUCUACCCGCUGGUGAAAGUGCAGUGCUCCCCGGAUUUAAAGUUCUUCCUCUGCUCCAUGUAUGCGCCAGUAUGCACGGUGCUCGAACAGGCGCUGCCCCCGUGCCGCUCUCUGUGCGAGCGCGCACGGCAGGGCUGCGAGGCGCUCAUGAACAAGUUCGGCUUCCAAUGGCCCGACACCCUCGCCUGCGAGUCUUUCCCGGUGCACGGCGCGGGAGAGCUGUGCGUCGGCCAGAACAUGUCGGACCGCACCGAGUCUGAGGCCCCUGGUCCGUACCCCACCGAGCGCACUCCCUCUGAUCCUAUCAACGGUCAGUUCAGGUGCCCGGCCUCGCUCAGGGUGCCUCCCUAUUUGAACUAUCGCUUCCUCGGGCAGGAGAACUGCGGCGCUCCGUGCGAGCCUAAGAGAUCCCACGGGAUGAUGUACUUCAGCGAGGAGGAGCUCAAAUUCGCGCGAAUAUGGAUCGGGAUCUGGUCCGUGUUGUGCUGUGCGUCCACCUUGUUCACCGUGCUGACGUACCUGGUGGACAUGAAGCGCUUCAGCUACCCAGAGCGGCCCAUCGUCUUCCUGUCUGGCUGCUACUCUAUGGUGUCCAUCGCCUACAUUGCUGGAUUUUUACUGGAGGACAAAGUGGUUUGCAAUGACAGGUUUGAUAAUGACAUCAGGACUGUGGUACAGGGCACUAAAAAGGAGGGCUGUACCAUCCUCUUCAUGAUGCUGUACUUCUUCAGUAUGGCCAGCUCCAUCUGGUGGGUCAUCCUGGCUCUCACCUGGUUCCUGGCAGCAGGCAUGAAAUGGGGCCACGAGGCCAUCGAGGCUAAUUCUCAGUACUUCCACCUGGCAGCCUGGGCCGUGCCCGCCAUCAAGACUAUUACCAUCCUGGCUGUGGGGCAAGUGGAUGGAGACGUGUUGAGUGGGGUCUGCUUCGUAGGAAUCAACAGCGUGGAUGCCCUGCGGGGCUUCGUUCUGGCGCCGCUGUUUGUCUACCUGUUCAUCGGAACCUCCUUCCUCUUGGCGGGCUUCGUGUCCCUGUUUCGCAUCCGGACCAUCAUGAAGCAUGACGGCACCAAGACGGAGAAGCUGGAGAAGCUAAUGGUGAGGAUAGGGAUCUUCAGUGUGCUGUACACUGUGCCGGCCACCAUUGUCAUCGCCUGCUACUUUUACGAGCAGGCCUUCAGAGAGCAGUGGGAGAGGACGUGGAUCAGCCAGACGUGUAAGACAUACGCGGUGCCAUGUCCCAUUCAGAACCACCCAAACAUGAGCCCUGACUUCACGGUCUUCAUGAUAAAGUAUCUCAUGACGCUCAUUGUGGGCAUCACCUCUGGAUUUUGGAUCUGGUCUGGGAAGACACUCAACUCCUGGAGGAGGUUUUACACAAGACUGGCCAACAGUAAACAGGGUGAGACCACAGUGUAACGUGGUUUCGCCUCCACUCUCACACAGACUGCUUAGUGACAAACUGAAUGAUAAUCCUCUUUAUUAUGUUCAUUUGAUUUGUCUUUGACCUACAGGAGACACUGUAUGUUUUUUAAUGUACAUAUACAUUUGUGAGAUUUUUGUAAGUAUAUAUUUGUAUUUAAAGAUUUUUAAAAUUCUUUUUAAAAAAAACAAACAAACAAAAAAAAACAAUACUUUUUCAUACUUUGGACAUAAUGGGAUUGUACUUAACCAUCACAAAUAGCCAGCUGACCAUCAAAGAGCCUGAGGUCUCAUGACCUGACUCACUGUGGACACCAGUGGGAGCGUUUCACAUCGGGUGUGUGCGUCUUUGAAUCAGUGAACUGCCUGUGAGCGCCGGGUCUAUUCUAAGCAGAGUCCCGUGAAACCCAAGUGCUUCCUCGUGGCUGCCUCUUAUCCUUGAUUAACUAGCUGCAGCUUGCGUCUGUUGUACAGUGGAGCAGCAGUCGCCCUGGUCUGGAGGGGAAAUGUCAGCAGUCUGGGACAAGAGACGGGGCACAGGUUGUGAAUGUGAGUCAUUGUGACAGAUGAUCGUGGCCUGUAGCUCUGGCCCUUACAGUUAUUACAUUCCUUUCCAAAUAAAGCACACCUAGGAGCAUACCAGUGUUAUUGCAUGUUUUUAUUCCUGAACAUUUUAUUUUAUUGAUUUCUAGAAACAUAUUUUCAGUAAAAUAUGUCCAUCAUGAGCUGAGCUUUAUUGUGUUUAAAUUGUUUUAUUGUUGUAUUACAUUGAAAAGACCCUUCAGUAUAACACAACAAUAAUAAAUUUGACCAAAAUGAAAGCAGAUCCAUAUAGAUUAAUUUACUGUGAAACCAGGGGAAGAAAAACAUUUUCAAAAUAUAAAAUAUUAUAGUGUUAAAAAUGCGUAGCUGUGAUGUAAGUGAUUCUAAAACAUGUAAACACUUGUAUGCUCCUCAACAAUGAUUCAAAGCAGCAUCAGCCUGGUCUGUUUGUAUUUUAACAACUCAAACUACCCCUGCAGCCAGUUUCAAGUUCACUACAUACAAAGCUGGAUAAUGUACAAGCAGAAGACGUGUGUGUGUGUGUGUGUGAGAGAGAGAGCACAUUUUAAACCUACACCAUAUACAGUGCAUACAGUGUAUACAGUGCUAUGUAAUAUCAUUGGACACUCUUUGAGCCUUUACAGUGGGUUUUGUAACAUAAAAGUAACAAGAAAACCUGAUUUAUUUUCAUGCAUUCAAUUUAAUGAAUAGGUAGUGUAAACACAAUUAGGUUCACAAAAAGAGUAGAAUUAAAAUAAUUAUUGAUGAACCAUUGAUUUGUCAUUUGAAAGGAAAUGAAUUGAUUAGUAAUUUCAGUAAUUUCUCAAGCAAAAGUUGAGAAUAAUUGCAGUUUAUCAGAUGUGAGGAUUUGAGAAUUGGUUGGGUAUUUGAUCGUUGGUUCACUAAAAUAAACUUUUUCAGUACAUGACCUUGGGCUUUGGCAAAAUGUUAAUGAGCAUUUCUGUCAAUUUUCUGACAUUUUUUUGAAAAAAAAAAUACAAAAUGAGUAAAUAAUCUUUAGAUUAAUUAGUGAACCUGCAUCACUGUCAAUGCAAACUAAUGGGUCAAACUGUUACAUCUUAUGAUGUGCAGAUCUUUGAAUUGGACCAAUUUAGAUUUUUUUAACUAAUGAUUUCAGGGUGAAGCAUGGGUUUAGGUUCAGAAAACACAAUCAUACUGUGUAACAUGAUGCUUAUUGACAACAUUUAGGCCAAAGUUUAUCAAUUUUGAAAUUAAAAUGAAAGAUCACACUCUGCUUACUUUAUCUGACAGUGCACAAGAGAUGACUUGAAAUCGAACAGUAAAUGCACCUGCAUGUGUUUUUUUAUUCAGGUUAUCUACUUAAUUAAUCCUCAUGGCAAAAAGGAUGCAAGUGUGAAUAACAUAUUAGAAAUUAUAGCAAUUUUAUAAACAUCAUCAGAAUCAGAAGAAUUUCCUUCAGAGGUUGUCCGGAGAGAAACAUGGCAUUGUAAAUCUGGUUCUGUCCAACGGGUGUAUAUCAUGCAUACGUCACAAAUGUGUGUAACACAAGGUGUUUUUAUGUAUAUAUUGUUAACCCUGAGGUUGAGUGUGUGUGAGGAGAAUGAGUCAUGUGAUCAUGGUGAAUGUAGCUGCUAAGCUCCGCUGAAGGACUGAAGAACAGCUUGCAUGUAUUCCACUGCAGGAGAAAGGAAACCUUGUGUUGAGAUCCAGAGCAGCUGCUGUCACGGCAGCUCAGCUUGGCACACGCGCACACGCACACGCACACGCACACGCACACGCACACACACACACACACACACACAUCAGGACUUGUGUUCUUGUCAGACACUCCUCCACACGGUGCUUCCGGUUAAUAAUAAUCCUUUUAAUGUGUUGAUAGCUCGACAAUAGUCAUGGCUUUGAAGUAAUUUCCUUUGCAUUUGCUAUGAAGAGAACUUUUAUAUUUAUAGAAAAAAUAUUAAAUAUAUACACUACAUUGAUUUGUUUAUGAGAAUAAAAACAA